AUGUUAAAAAAUAACUAUAACCCUGAUAUUAGUGAUGAUGAUUAUAUAAGUGAAAAACAAAUUUUUCAAGGAUCUAAUAAAACAAUAUUAACAGUUGAAUCUAUUCAUGUAGUUAAGGGAAUUGAUAAAAAUAUUAAGAAAAAGAUAGAAGAAGGAAAAGUAUAUUUAAAUGAUAUAAGUCCUGUAAAGAAUGCUGAAAUUGAAGAAGCAUUUUUAAAAAGUCUAUGUGAUAAUAUUCCACAGAAUAACGUGUAUAUAAAUGAUGAUAAAGAUUCAAAAGAAUUAAAUAUAAAAAUUGAAGAAAAUUAUAGUUGUUUUAAUAUUGAUACUUCAAAAAUUCUUAAAGAAAAUUCAAAUGAAGAAACCUUUGAAAAUAUAUUGAAAAAUGAUAUUGGUGAUAACAAAGAUGAGUUAAAUUAUUUUAAAAAUAGCUCUAUUAUCAAAAAUGCCUCUAUAUCUGGAAUUUAUAAUAAAUGUAUAUUGAAUAAUUUGCCUGAUACCUUAGAGAAAGAAACAGUUGAUUAUAUAAAAAAAAAAGAAAAGAAACUACAAAAAAAAAGAUUAAAUGCUAAUUUAGAAGCUUUACGUUUACAAUACAUUCCUAUAAAUAAUGAUAAGUUUGCAAGUAUUCCAAGAGAAAUUAAAGAAAAUAUUUUGGCAUUAUUUGCAUGCAUUAUAAUAAAACAUAUUGAUUCUUUUGAUGAUAUAGAAAUUCAAAGUCAUUUAGAAGAUUUAUCAAAAGGUUUUUUAAAACAAUUAUCUGAUUUGUUAUUAAUUGAUCCUUUAGCUUAUCAAUGUAUAAUUAAACCAUUAGAACAGAGAAAGAUUAUUAGAGAUAUAACAGGAGAUAAAAAAAUAUAUCAAUUAUAUGAAAAACCUUUUGUUGAUAACUUAUUAAGCAAAAUAAAUGAUCUUCAACCAAAUAUUGAUUUUCAAUUUAAAAAAGUUGUGGAAGAAUUGAAUAAUGAAAUGGAUUUUUGGCAAAAUGACCAUAUUGAAGAUCCAAAUGAGGAAAUGAGUGAAGGAAGAGAUUUUAUAAAAGGCGACAAUUUACAAGACAUUGAACAAAAAUAUGAAGAUACUAAACGAGAUGUAAAAAAUGAUCCUUUUUUAAAUAAAAAUUUUAUUCCAAAAGAAAAAAAUGAAACAUAUAAUUUUGAAGAAAUAAAUAAUUAUUUUUCGUUGAGCAAAGAAGAAAAUAAUCAAAAUAUUAAUACUUCUGAAUAUUUCAAUAAAGAAGAUGACACUGAUGAAAAAAAAAAUAGUUUAACUUUUAACACAAUCUCUUUGAAUUCUUCAUACAUUGAAGAUGAUCAUAUGUGUAACAAUGAAAAAAAGGUAAUAAGUAAAAGUAAUAAUAAUAAGAAUGAUGAUGUGAAUGAAGAUGAAAAUAGUUUGAAUGAAAAAUAUAAUGAAAAUAAUAAUGACAUUAGUAAGAAUUAUGAAAAUGAAGAGGAAACAAAAGAAAAUGAUGAAAGUGAUAGUAAUAAAAGUUCUAAUAAAAUAAUUAAAAAUAAAAAUGUAAAUGAAAAUGGAAUAAAUUUAUGUGAAAAAAACUUAAGUUUAAAUUUAAAUGAAGAUAAGGAAAAAGAAUGUACAAAAAUAAUUAAUGAAAAAUGUACAAGUGAAUAUAUAGACGAAAAUUCCAUGAUCAAAUCAGAAAUAAAAAAAAAUAAUAAGGAAAAAGAUACAAUUGAUUGUGAAAGUUUUUAUGAUGAGAGUGAUAUUGAAAAACAUUUGAACCAUGGAGUUCCUAUGAAAAGCCCAGAAGUAAAAUCAGUAUUAUUAAGGGAUUUAAUUACAACAUAUAUAAUGACAGGAAAUAAUAAUGCUAGAAUACAAUUGUAUUUUCAGAGAUUUGCAAAAUGCUUAAAAAUUAAUGAACUUUUAAUAUUAAGAAUAGAAGAAAAUCUUGCUGCAGAUUUAAUAAGUGCUUUACAAGCAUCAACUAAUGAAACAUCAAAAAAAAAAAAAAUUAGAAGAAUUAAAAUAGCUUUUGCUGCAUUAGGUGGUGGUGCUUUAAUUGCAUUUACAGCUGGCUUAGCUGCUCCAGGUAUAAUUGCAGGUUUAACAGCAUUAGGUGCAGGUGGAAGUAGCUUAACUGCUUUUUUAGCUUCAGCUAGCGGUUUGGCUUUUAUUGUUUCUUUAUUUGGUGCAGGUGGGGCAGGAUUAACUGGUUAUAAAUACAGUAGAAGAAUAGCUAAUAUAAAAACUUUUGAAUUCAUUAUGUUAAAUGGAAAUAUUUCUAAAUCACUUAGUGUAUGUGUAUGUGUUAGUGGUGAAAUUCAAAGUGAUGAUGACAUAACCCAGCCAUGGUUAGAUGUUUUCCCGAAUUGUUAUUGUGAUUUAUAUUGUUUGAAAUGGGAAAAUCAUUUAUUAAAAACAUUAGGAUCUUUAAUUGAGACAAUGUUAUCUCAAGAAUUUGCAAUAACGGCUAGUAAAAUAUGGUUACAGUACACUAUAGCUAGUACGUUAAGCGCUGCUUUAACAUGGCCAUUGGCACUUAUUAAAUAUGCAUCAAAUUUAGAUAAUGUCUACUUAUUGAUAAGAGAAAGAGCUCAACAAGCUGGUAGAAUAUUGGCGGAUGCGUUAAGUGAUAAAAAUACAGUAGGACAAAGACCAGUUAUUUUAAUUGGUUAUUCCGUUGGAGCUCGUGUUAUUUUUUAUUGUUUAAAAUAUUUGUAUGCUAAAAAGUUAUAUAAUAUUGUGAGUAACGCUAUUUUUAUUGGAUUACCUGCAACGACUAGUGUAAGAGUAUGGGAAAAAAUUCGAAUGGUCGUAACUAAUCGUGUAAUUAAUGUUUAUUCAAAAAAUGAUUGGUUAUUAGGAUUUUUAUAUAGAUAUAUGGAAUGGAAAAUAAAUGUUGCAGGUUUAAUAUCUGUGAAAGUUCCAAAUGUGGAAAAUUAUGAUGCAAGUGGUAUCAUACAUAGUCAUUUAGAUUAUAAAAGGAAAUUAAAAGAUAUUUUUAAUUUAAUUAACUUUGAUAUGUAA